AAGGCGCGCAGGGGAGCCCGCGAGGCGCAUGCGCCUUGCGGGGCCCGCCGCCGCUCUGGUGUCGCCGCCGCCGCCGUUGCUGCCGUUGCCGCCUCCCUGCCGGCAAGUGUGGGAAGGAGGAGCUGAGGGCCGCCGCCGCUGUUGCCGCCAUGGGGAGGAAGUCAAGCAAAGCAAAGGAGAAGAAGCAGAAGCGCUUGGAGGAGCGAGCAGCCAUGGAUGCCGUGUGUGCCAAAGUGGACGCCGCCAACAGGCUUGGAGACCCUUUAGAGGCUUUCCCAGUGUUUAAGAAAUAUGAUCGAAAUGGGUUAAACGUCUCCAUCGAGUGUAAGCGAGUGUCUGGACUGGAGCCGGCCACCGUGGCCUGGGCCUUCGACCUGACCAAAACCAACAUGCAGACCAUGUACGAGCAAAGCGAGUGGGGCUGGAAGGACCGAGAGAAACGCGAGGAAAUGACAGACGACCGAGCCUGGUACCUCAUUGCUUGGGAAAGCAGUUCCGUCCCUGUUGCCUUUUCUCACUUCCGGUUUGACGUGGAAUGCGGGGAUGAAGUCCUGUACUGCUACGAGGUGCAGCUGGAAAGCAAGGUGCGGCGGAAAGGCCUGGGGAAGUUCCUCAUACAGAUCCUGCAGCUCAUGGCCAAUAGCACACAGAUGAAGAAAGUUAUGUUAACUGUAUUUAAACACAAUCACGGCGCCUACCAGUUCUUCAGAGAAGCGCUGCAAUUUGAAAUCGAUGACUCUUCCCCCAGCAUGUCCGGGUGCUGCGGAGAGGACUGCUCCUAUGAGAUCCUGAGCCGGAGGACCAAGUUUGGGGACAGCCAGCACUCCCAUGCAGGCGGGCACUGUGGUGGCUGCUGCCACUGAGCUCCCAAGUUAGAACGCCCUCUCCAAGGCCUGUCUCCUCCCUGGGCUCAUGCUGCCGGCCAAGUACCCUCAGAGCUGUGGCCUCCACCCUGUGCGUGCUGGGCCGCAGCGUGAGAGCACAGAACCCUGGGGGGGGGGGUGCGCUCCCAGCUGCCCCUCCUCCCCUCUCCUAGAAGAGCCAAGUGUCCAGAAGGAGCAGAGAGGAGAAGGUGCCGUGGGAGGAGCUGGCGGAGGCCGGGCAUGAAGCGUAUUUUCUCACGGUGGCUGCCUUCUCACUUGGCCCUCGUGUCCUUGGCCAUGAGGUUCCCCAACUUCUUUGCAGAUGGAUUCCUGACAAGCCGACUCCCUCCCCCCUGCCACAUCCACACCUGGACAAAUGGGGUGUUUGUACCCACCUUUAUACAAAGUCCUGGAGCCCUGGGUCCGGGUCUGGCUGGUCCUCAACGAAGUACGGAUUCGGUAGAUCUGGGCGUAGAGAGAUAGGCUUCAGAGAGACUCACGUUUCGUAGAUGAACGCUCUGAUGGAGACCUUGGGAAGCCCUUUUGUGCCACGACACUGGGAAGCAAGGGCGCUCUUUCCAGCUGUGCUUUUCCGGGCUCACGGCGAGCCUGGAGGCGUUCCAGGGGACCAGCCCGUUGGGAGGAAGGCUCCGUCCCUCCGUUGCUGUCAGAGGAGACGACCAGGAGCAAGCUGUGGACGGGGCCUCCCGGAAGAGAGUUGCGUCUCUGGGCUUUUGGACUUGCUGCAUUCUGGCUCAGCCUCGUGGCCUGACAGUGACUUGAGCUCUUCAUCCACAGAAACAAGCCAGAGAGGCCCUGCCGGUGCCUCUCUGUCGCCCCUGGCCACUUGUUCUCCCUCAGCUCCCCCUCACCCGACACCCCCUUCUUACUCUCAAGGGGGAGAAUGACAUUAGGGAGCCCCUCCCCUUCCCCCAGAAAGACCCCUGGUUCCUGGCAUAUUCAGUACUGUCUCCUCUCGUAUCUUGGUGCUGAUCCCUCUCUGAAGGCGGGGCCCCCCUGCCUCUUCAGAGCCCCCAGCCAGCAGCAGGCCCCACCGCCUGCACUCCCAGCCUUGCCCCUUGCUGCCUCCGUGAGGCCUGGCGCCGCUGCCCUGACGGGUGGCUUCGGCUGCAGCAGGAGUGCCUCUCAGUGGCCCAGACCGCUGCUUUUCUCUCUGUCUCCAGGGUCCCCCUUCGGCAGCGGGCUGGAGCAGGGGGAGAAGGCCUUCCUCCUCUCUCGCGGGGUAGAGAAGCUGUGGGUCAGAGCUUCUACUUGCCCUGAUCUCUGGGCCUCCCAGGGAAGAAAAAUGACCAAAUUCUUAUCCAGGAAAAAGCACCUGACGCCUCCCCUUUGGACAUCCUCCUUGGGCUCUGCUUUAGGGAGUGUCUGGAAGGUUCUAGCCUUUGUGAAGUUGCUCUUUGGAGGUCUGUUCUGACCUCGGAGCCUGCUCAUACCCCACCCUCUGCCCUGACUCAGGUGGUCUGUGCUGGCGGGUCUCCCUGGAGCUGUUCUUGCCCCUCCCCUACUUUCCUGCUUGUGCGGGUCCGGUCACACGGCCUCCGUCACCCACCCAGCCCUCCUGAGUGCUCCGUGUUGCUCUUGACCCCGCCAGCAGCGGACGUGGCGCCCCGUGGGAGAGGGCCUUGCAGCUUUACACUGGAACAAGCCCCCUGCCCCUGCCUUCUGGCUUGGGGAGGGGGGUGUGGAUUUUACAUGGGGGGGGCAGAAAUUUGAAUUGUGGGAGGGUGUUGGCGAGCUCCCUCCAAGAAUCAUGGAAUGGCAGAGCAUGUUUAGGAAUUUCUUCCUCUGAUCCUUAUCUCUCGACACAGAAUGGAUAGAUAUUUAUUGUCUUAGAUCAUGGAUUUCUCAUACCUCCCAUUCAAGGGGAUCAAAAGGACCCCCACUGUAGAUCCUUCAUACGGUGAGUUCAGUGUAUGUUGUCUCUUUCCAUUCAUCGGGCGCCUGUCACCAAGCCCACUGGCAGGUGGGGCGCCUGGUGCCACACCCUACCCUUCCCACUUCUGCUGGUCACUUCCUGCAGGGCCGCUGGGGGUGGGGGUUCGGGGCUGGGGCAGGAGAGGUACUGCCUGAGGCCAGUAGGCCACUCUCUCACUGGUGUUGAGCCCAUCCAAUUCUCACUUCCCUGGGUCUUGGUUUUGAGAAACAGGGCAGGCCUUUUUUCCCCGGCUUUUCUGUGUGUGUGUUUGGGGCAUGUUAACAUAUUUUUUUAAGAUUUUUUUUUUUUUUAGUUGUAUCCACCCCAUUUCAGGUUAUUUUUGUGGAUGUCAAAAAUGUGUAUAUGACAUGCCUAUGGUUCUUUUUAACCGUUUCUGGUUUUGUUUUUUUAGAGGAAACUGAAGAUAAACCCUUUCUUGAUAUAUAUAUAUUUUUUUCCUUUAGCGACUUGUUAUCACUGGAAUCAAAGGGAAAAGCUAUCUCUUUUUGCAUUGGUUGUAUUUGUAUGUCACAAAUAAAAGACACUUUGUUCAGCU